GGAUGUCGGUGGUACCCGCGGAGACGGCAGUGCGGCAAAUCUGCGACACGUAUAACUAUUUGGCCAGGGCCGGCACCUUUUUCUUGCAGAAACUCUGGGAAAUAUAGAAACUUUUGUGUUCCCCGUCUCUCUCCCUCUGUCUUCUCCGCCACGUCUUGCUCGUGCCGCACAGCUCCCGGUCGUUCGGAAUUCUGUGGCAUUGCGGUCGUCCGCUACGCUCGGCUCCCGUACCCCUCGAUUUUAUUAAGAAUCUCACCCGAAAAAAUGGCCAAUUCUCCCCACGGCGGCGUCCUCAAGGACCUGCUCGCGAGGGACCUGCCCCGCCAUGCCGAGCUGUCGGCCGAAGCAGAGACUCUGCCGGCCCUUGUCCUCACCGAGCGCCAGCUUUGCGAUCUCGAGUUGCUGCUCAACGGCGGUUUCUCUCCGCUCGAAGGUUUCAUGAACGAGAAGGACUACAAUGGAGUCGUCAAGGAGAACCGCCUUGCCAGUGGCGUCCUCUUCAGCAUGCCCAUCACCCUCGACGUAAGCCAGGAGACCAUCGACGAGCUCUCGAUCAAGCCCGGUGCCCGGAUAACGCUGCGCGACUUCCGUGACGAUAGCAACCUGGCCAUCCUCACCGUCGAGGACGUUUACAAGCCCGACAAGGCGCUGGAAGCCAAGGAGGUUUUCGGAGGCGAUGAGGAACACCCCGCGAUUCGCUACCUCUUCAACACCGCCAAGGAGUUCUACGUCGGCGGCAAGCUCGAGGCCGUCAACAGGCUGCAGCACUAUGACUUUGUCGAGCUGCGAUACACUCCCGCCGAGCUCCGUGCUCACUUCGACAAGCUCGGCUGGACCCGGGUGGUCGCCUUCCAGACCCGGAACCCGAUGCACCGCGCCCACAGGGAGCUGACCGUCCGCGCUGCUCGGUCUCACCAUGCCAACGUGCUCAUCCACCCCGUCGUGGGCCUGACGAAGCCCGGCGACAUCGACCACUUCACCCGUGUCCGGGUCUACAAGGCUCUCCUGCCCCGAUACCCCAACGGCAUGGCCGUCCUCGGCCUGCUGCCCCUGGCCAUGCGCAUGGGCGGGCCCCGCGAGGCCAUCUGGCACGCCAUCAUCCGCAAGAACCACGGGGCGACGCACUUCAUCGUCGGCCGCGACCACGCCGGCCCCGGCAAGAACAGCAAGGGCGUCGACUUCUACGGCCCCUACGACGCCCAGCACGCCGUCGAGAAGUACCGCGACGAGCUCGGCAUCGAGGUGGUGCCGUUCCAGAUGAUGACGUACCUGCCCGACAGCGACGAGUACGCGCCGGUCGACCAGAUCCCCCAGGGCGCCCGGACGCUCAACAUCUCGGGCACCGAGCUGCGCGCGCGCCUGAGGAGCGGCCGCGAGAUCCCCGAGUGGUUCUCGUACCCCGAGGUCGUCAAGGUGCUGCGGGAGUCGCACCCGCCGAGGUCGAAGCAGGGCUUCACCGUCUUCCUGACGGGCUACCAGAACAGCGGCAAGGACACGAUCGCGCGGGCGCUCCAGGUCACGCUGAACCAGCAGGGCGGCCGUUCCGUGUCCAUGCUGCUGGGCGAGACGGUCCGGCACGAGCUGUCGUCCGAGCUGGGCUUCAGCCGCGAGGACCGCGACAAGAACAUUGCCCGCAUCGCCUUUGUGGCCUCGGAGCUGACGAGGUCCGGCGCCGCCGUCAUCGCCGCGCCGAUCGCGCCCUUUGAGCAGGCCAGGCAGCACGCCCGCGAGCUGGUCGAGAAGUACGGCGACUUCUACCUCGUCCACGUCGCGACCCCGCUCGAGUACUGCGAGAAGACGGACAAGCGGGGCAUCUACAAGAAGGCGCGCGCCGGCGAGAUCAAGGGCUUCACCGGUGUUGACGACCCCUACGAGCCUCCCUCCAAGCCCGAUCUCGUCGUCGACUGCGAGAAGCAGUCGGUGCGGUCCAUCGUGCACCAGAUCGUCCUCCUGCUCGAGAGCAAGGGUCUCCUGGAUAAGCUCUAAAGAGGGAGCAAACAAAUAGUUACUCUCGUGUUAUGGUACUGGAUGUCGAACACCACCCCCAUGACACGCAUCCGCAUCCCGCCCCGGGCGGAGCCGUGUCAAACAUACGAAUCGCUUUUAGCGGCCGCGGGGGGCGCGAGUUCGCCGUGAGAGAGGGGUGCAGCGGGGGAUGGAGUU